AUGGAGCCAAAAGCUUCACAGUCUCUUGAACUUAUUGAAUCAGUGAACGAGGAGAGAGUCUACAGUGAAGAGUUCUUGGACUUGCUCUCAACCUUGCCAAAAGAGAGAGAUGUUUUCGGAGACAACUUUUAUCAGUACAAAGGUUUCUGGUUUCAUAUAAAACCUUUGCAUGGCUUGGUCGAGUCUCUCAAACAUUUUCAGCCAAGAAAAAAUGAUGUCUUCCUCGUAACUGCUCCGAAAUCCGGUACCACCUGGUUGAAAGCCAUCAUCUAUACUUUACUCAACCGCCCAGUCCACCAUCCUCAAGAUCCUCACCACCCUUUGCUUACAAAAACUCCCCAUCAGCUUGUUCCUUUUCUCGGCUUACUCAAACCCUCUGAAUAUGACUUGAUAUCGAAUUCCCCGGACAGCAGUACGAGGAUCUUCGGAUUGCAUAUGCCAAUAAUUGGCCUCCCUAAAGCUGUAAUAGAGGACAAUGGCUCAGGUAAUUGUAAAGUAGUGUAUUUGUGCAGGGACAUCAAGGACACUUUUGUUUCCUUCUUUCACUUUCUCAACCAGCAUUUAGAGCCAUCAAACAAUUGUUUGGAAAACCUCUUUGAUUUAUACGUCAGAGGAGUAAGUCCGGGUGGACCAGUAUGGGAUCAAAUCAUGGGAUAUUGGAAGGGAAGCUUGGAGAGGCCAGAUAAGGUGUUGUUUAUCAAGUAUGAAGACAUGAAAUGCGAGCCUCAUGUUCAAUUGAAGCGUCUGGCACUUUUUCUAGGAAAACCUGUGUCCGAGGAGGAAGAAAAUACGGGUUUGCUUGAUCAAAUCAUAAGUUUGUGUAGCAUUGAUAAUAUGAGGAAACUUGAGGUUAAUAGGAGGGGAAUAGACGAUAGCCUUGGAAUGAAGAAUCACACGUUUUACCGUCGUGGAGUGGUUGGAGAUUGGAAGAAGUAUUUAACGGCAGAGAUGGCCGCUAAGCUGGAUCAUAUUACUGAAGAGAAGUUCCGUGGUUCAGGAUUAUUUCUCUGA